AUGGCUCGCACAUGGAUCAAACUGUGGGCGCUAUCUCUGCUACACUGCGCUCGGAGUCAGACGGAAUGCAUGGGCGAAUGCGACGCUCAUGGCAUGGUCCAGUUAAAGCUAGAGCCAGCUUCCAGGAAUGCAACAACAGCCGCUGCAAACGAGUCGACCUCACCGGCGCCAACUUCAACCACUGAGACGCCAAGUCCUCAUCGCAACGCGUCGGCCACGCCCGAGCACGAUAUGGCAACUGCCCCGCCAACUAAGGAGCCACCAGCUCUGCAGGUGAGCAUCAGCACCUUCCAUUGGGAACCGCACUGGCAAUGUGCCGAGGCAGAUUCUGCCUGCACCGCUGCAGCCCUUAGAAGAUUCGAAGAGUUAGUGGAGGAGUCAGGGGCAGAUAUUGUGGGAGCUUUGGAGCUGAAAGGCGCAUCAACAUCUCUCUCCGGGUGGUCGUCUUCACACGAGUAUGAAGAUGAUGUUUCCGUCAUGGUUGCACCUGGAUGGCAGGUUUUGAAAGAGGGUGGUGGCAACAUAUGCUGCGACGGUCAACGGGGCUUGGCUGUGUUGCUGGUCAAGCCGCCAAAUCCAGUGUCCAACUGCGAAACGCUUUGCGUGAUGGCUGUGCACCCUGGUCAUCAGCCCAUCCAGAGUGGGCAGUCCAUUGUCGAAAGCGUGUGUGGUGAUGCACGGGUCUCUUGCGCCAUUGCAGUAGGAGACUGGAACGUGGACGCUGCCGGCGUAACGGGUGGAUCUUUUGAUAGUUGGCACCGGCUUGUCGGAGGAAACCCGCCAUCGUUUGUGGUGCCAGACACGGAAACUUGCUGCCACCCCAGCACAUGCUGCAAGUUCGACCAUGCGGUCACCAACAUUUUCGGGGCAGAAGUGGUGAAAUUUCAAGUUUGGGGGUAUCAGUUGACGGACGAGUUCAGCAUGCGAGAGGAACACAUGCCUGUUUCUGUGCACUUCACCGUUGAGCAGCUUCGGCAGCACUGGGAGACUGUCCGGAAGGACAAGGGCAGGGAGGAAGCCGGCCUCCAGUCGCCGGCUGUGCCCUCCUGGCUACAUUUUGGGAGCGUCGGGGGCCUUCAGAUCUUGGGGCAGACUGCCGCUGGCACCGGCCAAGGGUUCUUAAAUGUUCUUAAGAAGAGGCCUCUUGCUCCGGGUACUUUUCAGUGCCUAGGUUAA